AUGCGCCUACCGACUGUUCCGCGACAGUACUUUGACAAUCACGAUGAGCUUGUCUUGGCAGGAUUUACACAACUUUGCAAUCUGUUCUCUGUUCUUGACGACAAGUUCGUAGAGGUCUGGUACCAAGAUGAUUCCGAGAGUACACCGUUCCAAAACAUCGCGGCUAUACAACACGAGCUGAACCAGCUCGAUUUUAUGAAAACAAAAAUGACCGAUGUCCAGAAAGCGGACGUUCUGAUAACACACCAAUGGCUGCGUCUUAUCUUCUGGCAAGCUUCGAUGCGGCAGGGACUCAUCAACAGCUCUUCCAUCGAUGAAGUAUUCUUCUACAACUACCCCAUUGUGAUUGCAAAAGACCUGUGCCGAGUCAUGCGCGGUUUGCAAUACGAUGCUAUUCAAGUGCACGGACUUGGUAUAUUCGAAAAGGUCUUUGAAGUCGCUUACACUUUGCUGGAUGCUUUAACUAUCGCAAAACUGGAUUGGUCGAUGAGUGAUGAGCUGAGCCCGAACAGCCACAACACAUAUGUUAAAGUGCUGGAGAACAAGAUCAACCUCGAGAAUAACGGCGCAGCAAGUCCGUUGAGUCAGAUAGGAUAA